CCCACGCAAAGACUCACCUUUAAGCUUCCAAAGAUACCAUCUUUUCUUCACUAUCUGUAAAUUGUAAUCUUGAUUUUUCUUAUUUUGUGCUUCUGAUAUUUCUGUGAGUGUUUAUUAAUGGUGAUUGGUGGGUAAUGUGUAGUAUCUAAUAUAUCCAGCAAUAUUUAAUUUUGAUCUUCUUGGAUCCACAAAAACAUGUCUUGUUCUUUCACCUUCUCAUAAAGUGCAGACAUUUAAGGAUAGUAGAAAAGAAGUUGUUUUUGCUCAAUGGGGUUAUGUUGGACUCUUUCUUCAUCCAUUCCCUUGUUCAGGGAAAGCAUGGAACUACGCAACUUGGGUUGCAAUGUAAAAGGUCUAGCAACAGCUGACAGUACAUAACUUGUCAAACUCAAUAGGCGGUUGAUUUAAGAUUUCAUUUGUUAAGAGAGCAUAAUGUUUGUUACUGGCGAUUAUGAUCUGAGUUUAUCAUUGAAGUAUAAGGAACCAGUCAAAGCCGUUUUCAAGGAGAAAAUAUUUGGGCAUGAUCAUACAUUCAAGACAAAGGUUUAUGAACCUCAUCAGAUGUGCUACACACAAAAGGACACGAUGAAGGAUUUGAGCUGGAAAGAGUUUGAUGGAGCUUAUUAUAGCAAAGGAGGCCGACAAGGAAAUCCAGCUGCAUUUGGAAAUUUUACCAGAUCAUCUAUGUCUGUUGAUCAGAAGAGAAUUUGCAGUAGCCCUAAGGUGUUCAACUGGUUACAAGAGCAGCAAGUCAUGUUUCCAGGUUUCCAGCAACGCUAUUCAAAUCCUCAAAUUUAUCCCACUCAUUAUCUUGAUCAUAUUGAUAGGGGGGAUUUGAAUAAGAGACAUGGUUUCUUCAAUAGUUUAGAGAAUUCAAUCACGAAAAAUCAUUAUCACCAUGGUGGUGUAGCACAUCAUUCUGAGGAGGUUAAUCUCUCGUUGAGCAUUGGUAGGAACAAUAUGAAAACAACUGUCAGUACAAAGACCUUUGAUCAUAUCAUUGAUUUAGAAGAAUCAGAUGAUACUACGGAUUCUAAUGCAGGACUAAAUCCCCCGUCUCCUAUGGAUUCUACUCGUGUUCCUUAUUCUGGAUAUAAGUGUGAUUACCAAUGCACUCAUAGCUUCACAAACAACACUACAGAUAAUUGGUUUGAUGGAAUUGGGACUACAGGAAAUUGUUUUGUUCCAAAUGACAGCACGAGUUGUUUUAAGCAGAACCCUUUAGCUGAAGGAGUUGAACAAUGUGAGAAGCCUCUCCUUUCUGGAGAUAUAUCAGGAAAGGGAGAAGUUCUUUUUUCCGAUGAACGAGCUUUUUUGGACCUUAACAAAUCCAUAUUUGAUGAUUCUUUUCACUUUGAUGAACCUAGCUUGACAUGUUCUUCAAGUAAGGCUUUCUCAAGAGAGUCACACAGACCGACUGGUGAAACUCGUGAGAGCACAUUUCCCACUGUUUCUAACAGAAGAGAGCAAGAUGAUGACAAUCCAAAUGAGACCUCUGAUAUUGCUCCCCAAAGAAUUCUUAGUUCUGUGACUGGUUAUAAAAGAACAAAAAAUGUUGGAGUUGAACAGUUCUUGAUAAACCUCAAUCAUCCACUUUCAGACAGUAGUGAAAAUCCUGGCAGUCUCACUACUGACAACGAUGAUCAAGUUUCUAGUACACGAGAAAACAAAAGCAAGAAAGCCAAGCAUGAUCCAAUGUCUUCUCCUGACUAUAAGACUCAAGAUUUUGUCAAGGUUAGUGGUACUGAUAGAUCUCUCUCGUCAUGCAAAUCUUCGUGCUUUGAGGACAUCUCAAGUGGCAUAGAGACAAUGCAAUCCGGAACUCAGCUGAAAAAUUCAAAUACCAAAAAAUCUGAAACACUUCAAGCAAAUAUAUCUCCACGUCAAGAGGAUGUCGACUCAUCCAGUAACAGUGAUCAUCAGAUGGGAGAAACAUCAGAAGUCGUCGAUGGGAAGAUCAUAAGAGGAGCAGUGUCCCUCAUCUAUCUUGCACUGGAAUGUUCUGAACCAACCGUUGCUAUUAACAUGAACAAGAUUGAAGAUGAUCAAAAUACAGAACAACCACAAUGUUCUUCAGACACUUUUGAAGUAAUGGUGCUUAAACAACCUGAAAGCUCCAUUGACGACUGUUGUGUGACCUCAAAUGCAUUUGAAUUCAAUGCCACGGAGAGAAAAGACUACGGAAUAACAUUAAAGAGAGGACGAAGAAUGAAAGAUUUCCAAAGGGAUAUCAUGCCAAGUUUGUCAACACUUUCUAGGCAUGAGAUUUAUGAAGAUAUAAAGAUUAUGGAGACAGCACUUAGAUCAAGAGAAUACAAGAGACAUAGGUCCAAAUUGACUGAUGGAAACAAGUGGUUCAAUCCUGUAAGAAACAGAAGAUCCAGACUCAACCAUGUAGGCCGCAAGUAUUAUUCAUGAAUUGUUGAUUUCAUCAUUGAUAUUGAGAGGAAAUUGUGACAAAUUUAGCAAAGAAGUUAUGAUCAAGGAGCUGUUAUGGAAGUUGUGACUCUUAACCAUGAUACAUAAUUUAUGUGUUUGUGUUUGCGUGCUUAGCAUCUGGUGCAUAGACAAUUUUGAUUUUAGGGGCCCCUGAAUGAGACGAGCCCUGCUCUGAUACCAUGUGAAAUAAGAUGUUAGGCCUAACUCACACUCCAAAAGUUAGAUCAAAGGAAAAGGAUUGUUCAAGCCUUAUAAAGAGUCCACCAUCUCAUUAAUCACCGAUGUAGGACUUUGUGUCAUUCUUUAACGUUAUGUCGCGCUAUUAUUAAUUAAACAUAUCAUUAUGGUUCAA